AUGUCUGCACAACAAGUUAUCGUAAAAGCUUAUUAUAAUGAUCUGGUUGAAAAACAACCAGAAAUCCGUCGAUUUGCUAUCGAUGUAUCAGCGAACAAAAAUGUCUAUCAAGCUUUGGAAGCAACUAUUACUCAAUUGAAUAGCAAUUAUCCCCAAGGCCAAUUUACAUUACAAUACAUAGAUGAAGAUAAUGAUCGUAUUACAUUUUCAUCUGAUGAUGAAUUAGGAUCGGCUUUAAGUACUGUUCCACUUGGUGGUACACUUAAAGUUUAUGUUAAACCAAAAGUUAAAAAUGCUGAAGAAGCAACUCCAAAUACAACAGCUCAUACUGGUAUUACUUGUGAUGGUUGUCAAGGUUCAGUAGUUGGUAAUCGUUACAAAUGCAUGGAAUGUCCGGAUUAUGAUUUAUGUCAAGCAUGCAUGGAUAAAAAUCUUCAUCCUGAACACAAUAUGGCGAAAUUAGUGAAACCCAAUCGUUCAUUUCCUGGUUUCUUCGGUGGGCAUCGCCGUUGUGGCCGUGGGUCAUUUGGUCGUGGUCGAUUCUGUGGUGGUGGUCCUCGUGCAUGGAGCCAAUUCAUGCAUCAACAACAAGAUGGUGCAACUGGUUUUCAAAUGCCAGCCGAUAUGACUAGUUUUCUGAGUCAAUUUAAGGGUAAAGAAUUAGCUGAACUAAUUGAAGCUCAUUUACCUGCAUAUUUACGUACGGAAAAAGUUAAUGAAAUCAUCAAUCGAUUUAAAACUGGUGAACAAGCUGACAAACCUGUUGAUCAAAGUGCCCUCCUCGAACAUGUUGGCGAAUUUCUUCGUGAAGUUCUUUCACCUUUUGGAAUUGAUUGUGACUAUUUUGUGGAUAAUAAACAAACGCAAAACCCAACGGAACAACAUGGAACCAAGGAAAAGAAAGAAGAAGAAACAAUAAGUAAUAAUACAAGCGCUGAACCUAAACCAACUGCCCCACCAGCUUCAGUACCUUCAUCGGCUGCAGCUGCUCCGCCGCCAGCAUUUGGUAAUUUACUUGAACAACUUCAAACGAUGUUGGGUCCUAUGUUUCAACCACCGGUAGUACCUUCAGCAGCAGCAGCAGCAACAAGUGCUACAAGCGAUGAACCACUAGCUCAAGAACACAAGAAAAUUGGCGAAUGUGUUGAACGAAUGACUGCAAUGGGCUUUGUUGAUACAAAUGGUGUACUCAGUGAAUUGAUUCGAGCAAAAAAAGGUGAUCUCAAUCAAGUUCUCGAUGCUCUCAAUCCACGAAAUUACAAAAAUUAA